CUUCAAAGGCGCUCCAAAUACCCUCAAGGACCGAUAGUUCCCCACUGGAGCCGUACGGGAUCCGUAUACCAAGAGGAACCUGGUCAGGGUCUGCUGCGCACGCGAACCUUACGUGUUCGCGACCGACUUUGUGCACCGGGUGCCAGAAAGAGACCAAUGCCUGUACGAUUUUUUCGGCGUAUUCCGAAUAUGAUUUCCAUUUUUCAUUUCUCUGGACCCUGAUGAAGCCUCGUCCCUUCUCCGCCGUCAGCAAUGCGCGUUACACAUAACUCUACACAUCCUACCCCUUGCAAAAUCGCCCUGGUCGAGCCUAUCGGUCGCAUCCAUCUAGGUCUUUUUGCUGCAGUCAUCCCCGCAAACAUGCAAAAACCGUCGUCUCCGAUGGAUAUCCUACACGCCGAAGUAUGCGCCGGUGACCCAGCAGCCGCGUUCUAUGGUGCGGAGUUCGCGGUAUAUCAGCACGCCAACACGGUGCAGCGCCCGCAUGGCGGCGGCCUCGUCUCUCAAGGAUCCGGAGGCAGCAAGUUUCCGAAGAAGCGGGAACAAGUGAAGAACGCAUGCGUCAACUGCCAAAAGGCCUGCAAGAAAUGUGACGAUAUUCGUCCGUGUCCACGAUGUGUCAAAUACAACAUGUCCAGUCGCUGCUACGAUUCUGCCCGCAAACAACGCAAGAAAGGAUUUCGCCGAGGAAGCAACGACGGGAUCAAUAGUAGCGGAACUUCAUCUCCGUACUCACUGAUGGCCAUGGCUGCUGAAUUGCCGCCCUCGCUGUCGUAUCAGAACCGCGGUAUGCCACAGGGGUUGGGGCCGUUUACAGCUUACGGGCCGGGACCACAUUACGACGGGAUAGAACACCACCGGAGGCAGUCUGAAUGGGAUAAGCUAAACGUACUCGCCAAUGUCUGCACGGCCGUUCUCGACCAAGAUCACAGUUCCCCCGACUCUCCGAUAAUCCCAUAUGAACCGUCAUCCCACGGGUCGUUGUCUUCCGAUGAUGACCACAUGUAUCGUAUUGGAAACCGGUCGAGGCCAAUGCGGUUUGACAAGGCACCUUGGGGUGCCGAGCCUGCAUCACGUCGUAACUCUGCCGACUCCAACGCGUAUUCCGUUUCUCAACGUCGAGGAUCAGGCCUCGCGUCGUCUUUCAGCUCCGGAUCACCUAACGGGAUUAAUGAAGAUAGUGACUCACCGCUCACCAGAUGGGAGAGUCCAGCACAAAACGCGAGUCCCGUAAGAGCGGGAUCAAGCACGUACAUGACCUGAAUCUGAUGGCAACCUCUCAUAUGCAGGAGCUUGGUAUACCGCAUCGUACGCUGGAGAAUGAUCGUAUAAGUUACUCGCCGUCGGACGAUCAUUAUCGGCGACCACCAUCCGACUUCCAGCAUCGCAUGCCUCCCUACGAGCUUGAACGACGAAUGAAGCCUCAGGAGCACCCCGC